ACAAAAGAAAACUGCGAGGGAACACAAAGUGUGGGAACACAAAAGAGAAAAUAAAUCCCGUUUGUACCCUGGCAGGCUGUGUAGUUUACACCCAAGCUUCCACACUUUCAGAGUUGUAGCUUCGGCUGCUCUGACUGCAGUGUGUUGGCUCGUCACUGAUCCUUCAAAAACCCAACCUGUCCGUCUUAUUUAGGCUGAAGCUGAUUUGUUUUUAUACCUGAAACUGUCCAGACUUAUUUUAGUGAAAAACCUUGAACAACACMUUUGAAACAAACAAACAUGAGGUAGUGCUCACAGCUGAAACAUGACAGUUUUCUGCAUCGGACCUUUAGGUGUUUCUACAGAGCGGUUCUGGYUCUGAUAAGUUCUGUGAAGUCUUCCUGUGCAGAACGUGUUGGACCUGUGUGUGUGUGAGUCCUGAACUGUGCGUCAGUGCACGGGCAUCAUGUUCGUGGGCCACCUGUGUGUCCACGUCAUGGCCGUGUCCAUCGACCCGGCCGACUACAGCGUCAGGACCAAGAGCGACAGAGGUCCGGUCCCCGUCUUCGACCGGUCCAAACACGCGCAUGUCAUCGAGAACUGCCACUGCUACCUGUGCCAGGUGGACGUUGUGGAACAGACUCAGCACAUAUGAGUACAUCGUACGGCAGCGCCACCGUCUGGACAGCAGAGACUCAAAGAAACCAGCUGCAGUGAAGGAAACCGGACCGCCCCCGUUUGUUAAGGGUGGGAACUACUCAGGGACUCUGGGUUACACCAACCCUCAGCUGGACGUAGACGAGCCCACUGCUGUGGCCGUGCAGGGMGACACAGAUUUCCUGCCUAACAACAAAGUGAGGGGUGUGUCCAGUCCUGUCAUGGAGGAAGAGGCUCCGCCCACUGUUUCUGCAGAGCUGAAAACAGUAACGCACACAAACCGAGACACACAGAGGAAGAAGAAAAAGAAAAGAAAGGUGCGGAGCGUUCCUGCAGAGUUGACCAGAGAGCGCUGCCUGACUGGAGCCCCGCCCCCAGAAUCCACUGGUGUGUCCACAGUGUCCCAGGGACAGAGGCUGCCCUUCCCAGCGUUCCCCCUGAGCCUCUCCCUGCCCCCCCUGGCCUCCUCCUCGGGCCCCGUCCAAGCCGCCGCCCCUCCCGCGGCGUACAACUCGGACUCGGCGGAGUCUUUGGAGGAGAUCCCGGUGGUGCUGGCCAAGCUGGGCUCCUGGUCCUCGGCUGCCACCAGAGACCCCGGCACGUUGCCCCGCAGGCCCGUCCUGGCCUUCCCCCAGCCCUCCCCCCUCCCCAGGACUAAGAGGAAGGCCCUGGCCUCACGAGCAGACCUGAGCUUUGAGAUGGCGCCCGCUCGCCCUCCCUCGGUGUUCGUCAGCCGGACCAGCGGGGACGUGGCCGACCCCCCCUGGGAGAACGGCUUCAGUCUGGGGAGGACGCAGUCUGGGUUCAGACAAGGACUCGGGCCCAGACCCGUGUCUCGGACGUCUCUGGGCUCAGGGACAGGCUCCUGGAUGGAGCAGUGAGACACCUGCCAGCUCCUCUUUCUGUCAUCAGACUUUUAUUUUGAAGGGUUUCUAUCUUAUUUAUUUCCUUUUUUUACUUGAAAGCCAAAGUGACUUCCUGUGUGUGUUUGUGUCAUCGCCGCCUCCUCCUCUUGCUCCUCCUCCUCCGCCUCCUCCUCCUCCUCCUCCUCC